GGUGAGCUGUGGUUUGAUAACAGCAGCACUUCUCUGUCUACAAGUCAGACAGAACUUAACAGAACGGCUGUAGCGAUGUCGGAGGAGGAGGUUAACUACGCUUCGGUUGUAUUCCAAAAUAAAAAACAUCCUCCACCUGAAGCUAUAAAAGAGGAGGAAACUACGUACGAUGAAGUCAAGGUGCGAAGCGAAACAUCUGAACAAACUCCUGAUACAAACGCAGGAUUAUUGCCAGACAAGAAAGCAAACAACAGACGUCGCCACUAUCAGCAGUUGGCUUGUUGUUUGGGGAUUCUUUGUGUCAUUUUGCUGUUGGGCAUCAUAGCACUCUGUGUACUGCACUUUGCUCCAUUAAGUCAUGAGAGUGAUUUAACGGAGUUAAAAGAAAACCAAACAGCUCUACUGGAGGCCAAUCACAACCUGACAAACGACAACAACAAACUCAGCUCAGACAAUGAAAACUUGAGGAGGGACCACAACAAUCUGACCGUCCAGUUUGACAACCUGACAAAAGGCUAUACUGUCUUAGAAAGCAAGACCACAAGCCUGACUGCAGAAAACCAGAAGCUGAACACAAGUAACCAGGAGCUGGAGAUACGAAACGGGGAGCUGGAGACACAGAAGAACAACUUAACAGCACAAAUACGAGACAUGGAGACUAACUGGAAUGAGCUGAACGUCAGUCGAGCUCAGUGGAGCAUUGAUGCCUACUGCCUCAAAACAAAUAAUGUGAGAGAGUGUGCAGCUUGUCAGGAUGACUGGAAAACCAACAAGCUCAGCUGCUAUGCGGUUAAUAACCCUGGUUCUUCUAAUGGGAGAACCUGGGAAGAAGCUCGAGAAGAUUGUAAAGGAAAGAAUUCAGAUUUUGCUGUUAUAGAUGAUCAAAAUGAGAAGAACGUAAUCAAUGGUUACAGCUGGGACAGUUCAGGAACCAAUGGAUACUGGAUUGGCCUGAGAGUUGAAGCUGGGAAAUGGAAGUGGAUCGAUGGAAGUGAUCUGACUGAAAGCAACUGGAUAGAAGCUCCUUCUGUCGGUCACUGUGCAAUUUCUGUCCAGGGUGUAGGAUGGAUAUCAAGGACAUGCGAUGACAAACAACAAUGGAUCUGCGAAAAGAACGCUUUAUCUAUUUAAACACACCGCAGUCAUACUUGAGAAGGUUACUGGGAACUCUGUAAAGGUUAAUUACAUGUAAGAUAAUAUCAAGUGACUCACGAAGACUUCUACUUCACAACUGUGUUUUACAAAGAUAAAAAAAAAAAAAUCAAGGAAUUUUAUUUUUUAUGAAGAAAGAGGUAAAAAAAAUAAAUAAAGCUGUUUGUGUGUGUCUGAAAAAAACAGACUAAGAUUAAAUGUAUAAAUGCAAUUAGAUAUUGGAUUAUAUAGGUAUGGUGUGUCGGGCCUGAAGGGGCACUAACCUGUUAAUUAUUAAUAACUUUGAAUGUGUUUUUCUUCUACUUUGUUAGAGAUGCAGUGCUUAUAAUUUCUAUAUCAGCAGAUUGAAAAAAGGGACCAACAAGA